AUGCGGGACGUGCAUUACGAGGUCAAGUCCUGGAACUCGCUCAUCAAGUCGACGACGGUGGGGAGGGGCUCGUGGGACAAUGGUGGCACUGUGGCGUCGGUGGGCCACCUCUACGGGUUUGGAAACACGCUGGACAAGGCGUUGCCGGCGGUCGUGGGGUGCAAGGAGCGCAUGCCGUCAACGCCCUACGUGCUUGUCGGCGCAGCUCCGCCGGCGUCUCGCCGCCUGUGCGCCGCCGGCGCGCUGCUGCUGCUGCUGCUGCUCGCUGCCGUGGCGCUGCUGGCGCUGGCGCUACCGCGCCUCGCCGCGAGUGCCCUGUCCCUGUGGCGGUCGGAGGAUGGCGGCGGCUGCACCUGCGUGUUCCUGCACGGCGCCGGCAACGGGUACGCGCGGCCGCCGCUGACGUCUGACCCGGGCUACUGGGGCUCGGUCGACGACAAGCUGAGCGGGCCGUGCGCCGAGUUCAUCUUCAUGUUCGAGGACACGCUGCACCGCGGCUGGACGGACGAGCGGCUCCAGCGGCGCGUGUGCGAUCUCGUGACGCGGCCGGCCUCCGAGUCGCCGCGCCGGCGCUGCACCACGAUCUUUGCGCACUCGAUGGGAAGCCUCGCCCUCGCCGGCGCCCUGCAGAGCGGGCUCUGCGCGCUCGGCGAGGCGACGGCGUGGUACUCGGUCGGCGCGCCGUGGGAGGGAACCGAGGCGGCCGAGGCGCUCCCGGAGCUCUGCGGAGACUCGCCGCCGACCGACCGCGGCCCAGUCGAGCCGGUCCUGCGCGCGCUGGCGAAGCGCGUGGGCUUCUGCGACGGCCCGAACGGCAGCGUGAGCUCGGCUUACAGGGCGCUCGCUCGCUCCUCUCCCGCCUUCGCCAGGCUCCGCCCCUGGCUCGGCCGCGUCAACGGCUCGAUGUGCGGCGACUCGCCCUUUGGCCUGUGGAGCAUCAACUCGGUCGAGCUGCGUGCGCUCGCCUCUUGGGUGAACUUUAGCGAGAAGAAUGACGCCGUCGUGCCGCUCUCCGGCUGCCCCGCCCCUGCGGGAGCCAAGCUCUCUCGCGACCCUCGGGGAGAGCACUACCUCGCCUCGGUCAACCACUACGACCUGACUUGCCGCCACGGGGAUGGCUGGUGGGGGAAACAUCGCAAGCCCUGCACGUGGUACAGGGCCAUGGCAGAGCGAGCGGCCGCUGCCGCCCGCUAG